AUGAGAAGAAUUUCAACGCUCUCGUCGUUCCUCCAUCAUCAUCGCAUCGUCCCUUCAUCAAUCCUUUUUGCUCCUUCAAUCCGUUCCUUCCAUGUUUCAAGAGCAUCAUUGUUAGAUAUUAAUGUUGAUGCCGAUUUUCAAAAGUUUGAGCAACUGGCCGAACAAGGAAAAGUUGAUGAAGUCAUUGGUGUUAUUGAAAAGGAUAAACAAGAGGGUAAAAUUACAUACAAAAACGCUUGGAGAUACAUCCGUGGAUAUGCUCUCUUGAAAAAGGAAGCAGAAGCAGAAAAGUUAUAUCAUCAAUUUUUAGAGCAAGUUGCUCCUGAGGAUACGGUUUCAUUGGUCUUUCUUCAUAGUGCCAUCCUCAACGUGUAUUUCAACACACAAAACUCGGAUAAGGCCAGCAAGAUUUAUCGCCAAAUGCCAAAGGUACCAAAGAAGAAUUUUGAAGAAUUAUUAGCACAACAACAAAAGAAGUAA